AUGAAACGCCAGGCGAAGGAUAAAGCGUCGCAGCCGCAGCAGGACAGCGGAAACCUGUGCGCUCAGCAGUCGCCGCGGCGCGUGGCUGUGCCGGUGCUGGUUAAGGACGGUAAACCGUGUCAGAACGGCUCCAGCACGCCGACGUCGGUCCAUCAGCAGGUGCAGAGCGUGCUGGGCAGCGAGACUUUAGCUUCAGCAGAGGAUCUGGAGGAGAUGUCGCCCAGUCCUCCUCUGAUGAACGGCCUCUCUCAGACUGACGCCGCGCUCAUCGAGUACACGAGCGGCAUGGUGAGCUCCAACCUGCUGUACGGCAGAACGUGGUGAGAUUUCAGCCAGCGGUCAUUUUUACCACACCUACGGGAA